CAUUGUGUGUUUUCCUAUUCAGGACAUCCUAUUUGCUUAUAUCUAUGCACAAAUAUCUUCGUAUUUAUCGCUUCGACCUUUGACCAUAACUACUAGGCCUCGUUUGCGUGACCCUGGCAUUCCAGCCAUCCAUUUUCAACUUUUACAUAAAUAAAACAUCCGUGACGCAUUUGGUAGUUCUGCUGCGUCGUCCUCUGAGAAUUGUGUAUACAUGCUUUACUUACUCUAGCUCUCACUGGGCUCUAUUCAGCAAAAAGUCAUUUUUCUCCUGAGUCAGCAUGUUAAUGGACAUAAUUAACUGUGCAUGAGUGUGCAUGUUUUUGCAUACGCAGUACUUACACAUGUGUUCAGAAACCCAACCACUGAUCCAUCCAUACACUUUGUAGAGAGAGAGAGAGAGAGAGAGAGAGAGAGAGAGAUGGGUGUGAAACACUCCAUCAUAUCCCUGCUGCUCUGCUCUAACUGAACCAAGUGUUUUAGUAGAUUGAAAGAAAGUGGAGGAAGGGAGUAGUGCCGCAGGAGGGAUGGUGGUGGCGUGGGCGGUCAAAAAGGACAGACAAGAGCUUUAGGAGACUCAUUUUCAUCAAGCACAGCACUUCUCAUUCCAAAAUCCUUUUUUUUUUUUUUUUUUUUUUUUUUUUUUUUAUAAAACAUGGGCUCAGCAAUCUCUUAAUUUGUACGCUACUUCUCAAUUUAAUCACUAUAACAAUGUUGAAUAGGCAAUUUUAAUCAGAUGUGUGCCUUGUAUUUUGGAUGAUUUAAAAUAAUGUAUUUAUUUUCUUCGAGCAGAUUAGUUUUUUUGGAGAUGUUUUCAUUUUAUUCUGCUUUGAAGUUUGACCUUUAAAAACUGACGCAUCAUGGAUUUUUGCAUGCCUUGUCAUAUGCCAAACUAUUCUUAUGAUAAUAGAUUGGAAUAUAAAUAUAAAAAAUUUCAUUUUCUUUUGGAGAUAAGCGUGAUUUUGUGAAAACGCAAGACACGCACAGCGGAUAUACUUUAUAUCUGAAUAUCAUCUUUGACCUCAUUUGAUCCAAUCAUAUGAAUUCCACCUGUCCAUAACCUUUCGCAAUAUGUAUUUGAUUCAUAAAAUCAGUUUCCCUUUAAGCCUAUUCAACCUGAUUUCUCUCAUACCCACAAGCAGAGAGGCGCCAGGGAAGACUCCUCCUUCACUACCUCUCUCUCUCUCUCCUCCUCCUCAUCUCCGUGACACCUUGCAAGGAUGCACUUACAGGGACUAAAUGCACAGCGGGGAUCGGUAGUGAAUGGGACAAGCUAUUAGCAGAAUCAGAAUAGCACCACCACCACCACCAUCACUCGGGCGCACCGACCGAAGCAUGCCUGAUCGCAGCCAUGACUUGCUCGGCGUCAGAUAGCGAGAAGAUCGUGAUCAACUGCGGCGGGAUCCGACACGAGACCUACCGGAGCACCCUGAAGACGCUUCCGGGUACGCGCUUGUCCUGGCUGACGGAGCCCGACGCCUACAGCAACUUCGACUACGACCCCAAGUCAGACGAGUUCUUUUUUGAUCGCCACCCGGCCACUUUUGCAUUUAUUCUCAACUACUACCGCACUGGGAAACUUCAUUGUCCUAAUGAUGUUUGCGGGCCGCUCUUCGAGGAAGAACUCGCCUUCUGGGGCAUUGAUGAGACGGACGUGGAGGCAUGCUGCUGGAUGAAUUAUCGGCAGCAUCGCGACGCCGAGGAAGCUCUGGACAGUUUCGAGACCCCCGAGCCAGACGUGCCGGAGGAUGACCCGGCUCUUACCGGCGGAGCGGAUGGUGACCUGAAGCGGUUGUGCAUGCAGGAGGACGGCCGCAGGGCGACGUGGUGGGAGGUGUGGCAGCCCAAAAUGUGGGCGCUGUUUGAGGACCCCUACUCAUCGAAAUACGCCCGGUAUGUGGCAUUUGGCUCCCUCUUCUUCAUUCUCCUCUCCAUCUCUACGUUUUGUCUGGAGACCCACGAAGCCUUCUACACCAUUUACAACCUGACCGAGAACGUCACUGUUAGCAAUGUGACACAGGAGGAGACAGUGUUUGAAGUGGUGACAGAUGGAUGGCUGACAUAUGUUGAGGGUGUCUGCGUCAUUUGGUUCACAAUUGAGGUGCUGUUUCGCGUUAUCUUCUGCCCUGACAAAGCAGAGUUCUUCCGCAGUGCCCUGAACAUCAUAGACAUUGUGGCCAUUGUGCCCUUUUACCUGGAGGUAGCGCUUAGCGGCCUUUCCUCCAAAACAGCCAAAGAUGUGCUCAGCUUCCUGCGCGUGGUUCGCUUUGUUCGAAUUCUGCGCAUAUUCAAGCUUACUCGCCAUUUUGUUGGUUUGCGGGUACUGGGCCACACUCUGAGGGCAAGCACCAAUGAGUUCCUGCUGCUCAUCAUUUUCCUGGCACUUGGGGUCCUCAUCUUUGCAACCAUGAUUUACUAUGCUGAACGCGUAGGUGCUGACCCGGAUGAUCCGACUGCUGGCGCCCACACAGACUUUAAGAACAUUCCCAUUGGUUUUUGGUGGGCAGUGGUGACCAUGACAACACUGGGCUAUGGAGAUAUGUUUCCCAAGACUUGGUCAGGAAUGUUGGUUGGCGCCCUCUGCGCCUUGGCCGGUGUGCUGACCAUCGCUAUGCCUGUUCCCGUCAUUGUCAACAACUUCGGGAUGUACUACUCCCUGGCCAUGGCGAAGCAAAAGCUCCCCAAGAAGAGGAACAAGCAUAUACCCCGUGCACCGCAGCCAGGAAGUCCCAACUAUUGCAAACCAGAUGCCCUCGCCAUGGCGACCGCCUCGCCGCAUAGGCUCAUGGGCAAUGUUCUAGGGCCUGGCAUGGUGGGAUCUGGCAGCAUGAUGGGUGCUGGAGAUUGUCCACUGGCACAAGAGGAGAUCAUUGAAAUCAACAGGGCAGAUUCCAAACAAAAUGGUGAUGCGGCAGCCAAUGCAGCAGCACUAGCAAAUGAAGACUGUCCCACUAUUGACCAGGUUUUGGGAGAUGAUCGCAGCCCGGCCAUUGGGGGCCACGGUUCAACCACCAGCCGGGAACGCUACCCGCACGAUCGGGCCUGCUUCCUAUUGAGUGCUGGGGAAUUCCAGCGGACAACAGACGGCAACGUUCGAAAAGCCACAGGUUAUGAGAAAUCCCGCAGCCUAAAUAACAUCUCUGGAAUGACGGGAGCUCCUUUGCGCCUCACCCCUAUCACCAAUUCCACUUUUGAGCCUUUCGAGCCACCCGGGCUGAGGCGAUGCCACUCCCCCAUUCCCUCCAUCUUGUAGUACAGUAAAGCUAACAAGGAAAUAUCACACCACCCAAAAAAAAUACAGCACAUUUAGUCUUGUGCAAAACAAAGACACGUAUACAAUUGUAAAAAUAUAAAAAAAUGAAUUAAAAAAUAUAGGUAGGUAGAUUUGCAAGUGUAUUUUCAAAUUCUCUAACAUACCUGCCUGACUAACAAAGACAGAGGCAAAGUUAGUUUAGGCUAAUACUUUAUAGCUCGGUUAGCUUACUUGUGCUACUUCUUGCCUCUGUCAAUUGCACCUGCACUUGCACCACUUUAUGCUGUUUUUCAAUUUAACUUGAGGUUAGAGACUUUCAAUCUUGUGCGAACGACACCCAAAAAAAAAAUUUGCUGGACAAGAGCGGGACUGAAAUGUCCCAUUGUUUUCGAUUUAUUAGCCUAAUGCUAAUACGGUUCCUUGUAUGGGAAAAAAAACAUGGCUCUAAUUAUUCGGUACCUCACAAUAAAGCAGUGGCAUAGAAAGAAUAGCUAUCCAACAUUUAUGAAAUACAGUAUUUGUUAAUGUUGAGGAAUGACCUUAGACGUGAAACAGACCACUUAAUACACACACAAACAAAAACAAAAAAACACACACUAAACUCUAGCAUGUGUUUUUACUUUAUAACGGAAAAAAAAAUAAUAGCAUACAAGUAGAUCGAAAAUAGAAAUUGUAGGUAAAAAGCAUUUCAGAAAAUGUGGCACUUCUGCACCUUCUACGUGAUGAGAAAUGAAAGUCACUUUAUUAAAUGCACGCAGCACAUUUCUCGUUCUCACUUAGUUUAGGUAAGAUGAGUAAAGAGAUUCAGAAUAAUUGCAUUGUGUACCCGCAAUAUCAAAUAAAUAAAAGUUGUCUUCAUUUUUGAUAGACCCUGAACCUGGGAAUCCGUUGUGACGAAUUUGGAACGAUUGAGAAAAAAAGAAUUGAAUCUUCUUUCAUUUGUAUCCUCUUCGGUCGUCGUAGUAAUUCCCAGACUCGUUUGGACACUUUUUAGACCUCUUAAAGGUGUUCAAUAAACCGAAAAUACAAAUUACUCAUUGUCUUUAUUUGACUUCGCUAUACAAACAACAGCAUAAUAAUUCUCAUGUCAGAAGUCACACAUAUUUCUAUUUGGAUGCAAAUCAUUGUAGCCUCUUUCUUUUCUAUUUGCUGUCAUUAAUAUGUCAAUGUUUUGUUCUCAAUGCACAAAGCUUCAUUUAUCAAUACGUCUUUACAUAGUGGGGAUUAUAAUGUUUGCCGGUUUGACGUCUGAAAAUCAUAAUGCCUACAGAAAGGCAGUUGUCUUUAUUUUAGUGCGUCACAAGUCAUACAUUUUGCCAAUCACUGAAAACUAUGGGAUGCCAAGGGGAGCAAAAUGGCUGCAUCACCCCCAACAUGCUCCUCGUGUGGCAUCUCAGUAGAAGACUGAGCUGCACUGUUCAUAAGUGAAUUCGAAUUGCUUUGAUUUGUAAGUCGGCGAUAAAACAGGAAAUGUCGAGUUUGUCGAUUCAAUUUUUUGGGGGAUAAUUAAGCAAGCAAAAGUUUUUUUUUUUAGGGUUUUAGUUUUCCAUUAAGUCUUAAAAAAGGAAAGGGGGGUGAAAAAAACUUUUGCUGAAACAAUAUGUAAAUAUUCUCACAUAGCAAUUUGUCAAUAUUUAUUCUAAGGUGACAAGCGCACUAACUCUGCAGCUCAGCCCAUAUACGAGAAUUUCAUCUCAUCGCCCAUCACCACCAACAGCGAUACAACUUUGCACUGACUCCAGUGUGAUUUGGCUGUCAGUGGCAAGAUUUUGAGUUUACACCCUUUUUGGCUUCUCUUUCUUUCCCUGUUGUAACCCUCAUGAACUCCCACCCUACCCCAUCCUAUCUCUUGUCUUGGCAAUUCAGUAGGAGGCACUGUUAACGGCUACUGGAGCGACAGCCCAUGGUAAAGGAGCAAUGGACAAAAGCAACACGCCACGUGGGGAGGAACUUGAAAAAAAAAGAGACUGCAUUCAACAUCCAAAUAUGCAAAAGUAGCAAAAGGAGACUGCACUGCGGGAUUUGUGAGGUUGUCAUCUGACUCAACCACAUGGAUUAGUGUUCAUGUGUGUGUCUGUGUGUGUGCGCAUGCAUCUACCUCUGCACGGAUGCACAAAUUUGUUGAGAAGACGAAGGGAUACUGCAAAGUUGUAUUCGUUGUUUUGCAGUACGCAACAUCUUUUUGUCCGCUGUUUUAGAAGAAUCGCUCCUCAACAUAUCCCGACUGAUUAAUUAGCUCAUCAGCAAAUUCUGUAGAAGCUUGAUAAUGAUCCUGAUCAUUUGAAUCCAGUGUGAAGCCACCGAACGAUUACUAAAAUGUUGCUCCCCAUUUGAGGCUGAUGAGUAUUUAAAGCUAAUAAAUAUAAUGUAAAAUAUAUUAUGUGACAAAAUUUAUCCUCGCAAAAAAGUUUUUCUGUGAAUAUUUUAUUUAUAUUUUUAUAUCGAGAGUUCUGAACACCCAAUUAGAAGCUUGCCAGACAGAGUUACAUUUUUACAGGAAAACGAGUUAUGCUUCAUCAAAUCUGCUUAUUUUCAUUCUCGGCAAGAUGGAGUGGUAAGGGGAUCAAUAUUGGUCUUAAGUGCUUAAGUCGGGCAAGACAUUAGGAAAGCCUUCUUGCCCAUGAUUGAUGCACCCCUGAUUGUGCACCAAUAAGACAAAUGUAGAGCAAAGUGUUCAUCAGGCAAAUUUCUGAACUUUUAAGAGUCAACCUUGCAGUUUCUUUCAGCAUAAUUUACUGUACGAGAUAGGUCCCUGGCUCUUGUUUUUUUUUUUUUGCAUAGCAGCUAUAGAUUGAUUCUCCAUUAUGCUGCAAAGGAAAACAAAAGUGAAAAAUAUCUGGCAAGAUGGGACUUUCUGAUGAAAGGUGCAGAAAUAUUGUGGCAAGUUCUUCAACGUCUAUAGCCUAAGUACUGUGCAUGCUAACAUUUUGUACCUGCACAAAUGCUGACCUGCAUUACUAUGUCAGUGUGACUGGGCCCUGAUUCAGUCAACUCAAGGCAGCUUUAACAUGGACUGAUUGAAAUGGUAUUUGGUCAUGCAGGGUUUUAUGCUCAUUGGACUACAUGUGAAUAUUAGGCAACAGUUUCCAUUUUCCAGAGAAAUGUAUUUAUUAUUUAUUUAUUUAUUUAUUUUAUUUGUUAAUUUGUUUAUUUUUUUUAUUCAUUUAUGUAUUUAUUUAUUUUUGGGGUCCCUGACAAAUAUUUCAUUCACUUUAUUUGGCAUGGACACUGUGCACACACAGGCACACAUCAAGACCAGUUUCCCCAGUUUCUACACUUCAACCUCCCAUCACCAUUUCUUCACAAUGUGUGCCACUUAUGUCAUGAUUCUGUACAUAACAUGUAAAAUGUGCAUUGUAGGUAACUGCAUGGAUUUCCAUUGCAAGCAAUAAGGAUUCUGGUAUGAGAAUAACGUGAGGGUGUUUGAUAAGAUUUUAGUCUUGAUCUGAUUAGAUAUCGACUACGAGUUGUGUGUGUGAGUGUGAAAGUAUGUUUUGGCACAUGCAUAUGCACUAACAAAAGCAUGAAAAAAAAUCUCUUUGAAUGCAAGAAGAGGCUGGACAUGCUGACAUUAUGCAUGCCAAAAUGCUAUGAUGCUACUGGUCAGUAAAGACCAAGUUAAGGUACUGUAAUGGGGCUGGGCAGGGGUGGGAAAGUUUAUUUUUGCAGGAUGGGGUGGGGUUACGUUUCAUACGUCUUGUAUAGCAACUUUCCUAUUGAGCUUGAGAGACUUGUGAUAAGAGAAACAUUAACAUGUUUAGCUUAUGAUUUUUCCCUUGACUUCUGUGCUUCUCUUUCUUAAAAAAAAAAAAAAAGCUAUUCUGAAAGCCAUGCGCUUAUCAGAUUUAUGCAAAGACAUGCAGUAAAUAUGCAUGAAUGCAAUGGGGGGGGGGAAUAACUUCAAUCCAGCUUCUUCCAUGAAUGUUAGAAUGUCUGCUCUUCUGCAUGAAGAACAUUACCCCAUCCAAGAGACUGUCCUUACAAAAAAAAAAAGAAAUCCCAAUUUCUUUCUUUGUUUUUAUACUUGUAUUUACAUUAUGUAGCAAAUUCUUCUGUCACUUUAAACUUCUUUUUCAUGCGACGGUCAGAUCUGACACAGAGACUUUCAUCAUGUGACUUGACAUUGAAUUUGACAUACUGUUUCUUAUUAUUUGCAUGAGUUAAGGGUAGUUCUAUUCCUUUUCAAACCACUUUGACAAGGCGUUGGACUACAUGUAUAUAAGAGAUGCAACAUGAGUUGCAAUGUAUUAGGGGAUGGUGAAUUUAUUAUUUCCUUGAGAUGUCCACUUUAGCAUUCAAAGUACUAUGCAAGGUAAGAUGGCAGGAACAAAGUCUGCAGGAGGAUUUCGAUUCACACAUAUCAGAAACAUCAGCUACAGUUAGUUCAUAUCAUCGUAACUUUUCAGAGGACAACCUGGGACUUGAAUUGUAUCACAAUUAAUAGACAGACAUCUCAUGCUAUACAAGUGAUUAAAUUAACCCAAAGACAUGUAGAUAAAUGAAAAAAUAAAAUAAAAAAAGUGACAUCUGCUUAAAAAAGAGGUGUUGUCUUGUAUAGAUAUUCUCCGUCUCACUCUUUUUGCAAAAAUUUUACAAUAUUGACCUACUGCGCCUUUUCAGCUGAAUUGCAUGGCAUGAGUCUAAGCGAAAACAAUACUGAAAAAAGAUAUCAAAACAUGAAAUGGACUCAAGUUUUUACUUUUUGUAAAAAAAAUAAAAAAAAAAUAAAAUAAAUCAUUUCAUCUCAAUGCAAAUGUACAUCAUGAUCCAUCAACGCUAUUUUGUGUUUGACCAAGAUCAUGUUCUUGGAUGAGAACAUCCACGGCAAUAAAUUCCUGAAAAUAUGUGACGUUUAAAAUAAAAUUCUCAUCGUCAAACA